GCCCUCCGCCCGGACGUAAACAAACCCCGCCUGGCUCUGCGCUCGCGCUCGGAAGCGCCAGCCCGUCCUCGCGUCCCUCUUCGGCUCCCACUGGGCGCUGCUUCGCCAGCCUAGCCGCCGGCUGCUUUGCUUCCUCCCGCUGCUUUCGGCAAGUGACAGCAGGAACAUGUCUCGGGAGCUGCAGGACGUGGACCUCGCCGAGGUGAAGCCUUUGGUGGAGAAAGGGGAGACCAUCACCGGCCUCCUGCAAGAGUUUGAUGUUCAGGAGCAGGACAUCGAGACUUUACACGGCUCCAUUCACGUCACGCUGUGUGGCACCCCCAAGGGAAACCGGCCUGUUAUCCUCACGUACCACGACAUCGGCAUGAACCACAAAACCUGCUACAACCCCCUCUUCAACUACGAGGACAUGCAGGAGAUCACCCAGCACUUUGCUGUCUGCCACGUGGACGCCCCGGGCCAGCAGGACGGCGCUGCCUCCUUCCCCAUGGGGUACAUGUACCCCUCCAUGGAUCAGCUGGCUGAAAUGCUUCCUGGAGUCCUUCACCAAUUUGGGCUGAAAAGCAUCAUAGGCAUGGGGACAGGAGCAGGCGCCUACAUCCUAACUCGAUUUGCGCUGAACAACCCCGAGAUGGUGGAGGGCCUCGUCCUCAUCAACGUGAACCCUUGUGCCGAAGGCUGGAUGGACUGGGCUGCCUCCAAGAUCUCCGGAUGGACCCAAGCCCUGCCAGACAUGGUGGUGUCCCACCUCUUUGGGAAGGAGGAAAUGCAGAAUAACGUGGAGGUGGUCCACACCUACCGCCAGCACAUCGUCAAUGACAUGAACCCCAGCAACCUGCACCUGUUCAUCAAUGCCUACAACAGCCGGCGGGACCUGGAGAUAGAGCGACCGAUGCCUGGAACCCACACGGUCACCCUGCAGUGCCCUGCUCUGCUGGUGGUUGGGGACAACUCGCCUGCUGUGGAUGCUGUGGUGGAGUGUAACUCGAAACUGGACCCCACAAAGACCACUCUCCUCAAGAUGGCGGAUUGUGGCGGCCUCCCUCAGAUCUCCCAGCCAGCCAAGCUCGCCGAGGCCUUCAAGUACUUCGUGCAGGGCAUGGGCUACAUGCCCUCCGCCAGCAUGACACGCCUGAUGCGGUCCCGCACGGCCUCCGGCUCCAGCGUCACCUCUCUGGAUGGCACCCGCAGCCGCUCCCACACCAGCGAGGGCCCCCGCAGCCGCUCCCACACCAGCGAGGGAGCCCACCUGGACAUCACUCCCAACUCGGGUGCCACCGGGAACAGCGCUGGGCCCAAGUCCAUGGAGGUCUCCUGCUAGGCAGCUGUGCAGACUGCCGUCCCCGGACUCUGAUCUCUGUAGCGGCCCCCUCCUCUCCAGCCCCUUUCUGCCCCCUGCCUGCCACACUGCGCCUAACUUGGUAUUAACCCAAAGCUUAUUUUGUAAGAGUGAGCUCUGGUGGUGACAGAUUGGGUCUGUCUCGGGCACCCUCUCCGAUUAGGGCAGGGCGGCAAUGGACCAAAGGAAAGAGGCAUCUCAGUUCCAUUAACUAGUGGCCAGUUGCCACUCUCUUACCCUCCCUUAGAGACACCAAACUGCCAAAAACAAGCAGCAUAGCGGGAAACACUUCACGAAGCCAAGCCCAGGCUGCCCCCAGCAUCCUGGUUCCGAGGGGCGCUUUGUCAGACGGCCAGCUGUCCACUUCCUGUUUCCUCUCCAACUACAGAGAAGCUGCUCAGUUCCAGGAAACAAAAUCCUUUUCCGAUUUGGAGAGGGGGAGGACAGUGAAGUAUGGACACCUCUUUUAAAUAGGCAAAACAGGAAGUAGGGGGCAAAGAGGUGGACUUUAUGUUGAGGCUAGAGGCAUUUGGAAAAAACAGAUCCACUUAGUUGACUUGAAGAAAUCGAUUUUUAAAGUUGGUGCAUAUAUAAACCUUUGAAUGCUGACGCA